GAAGUUAGCCGGCUGCACGCUCUUCAUCACCGGAGCCAGCCGAGGCAUCGGGAAGGCCAUCGCUCUGAAGGCCGCCAGAGAUGGCGCCAACGUCAUCAUCGCUGCCAAGACCGCCGAGCCACACCCCAAACUCCCCGGGACCAUCUACACCGCCGCGCAGGAGGUGGAGGCGGCAGGAGGGAAAGCGCUGGCGUGUGUUGUCGACAUCCGUGACGAGCAGCAGGUCGGAGAGGCCGUUCAGAAAGCCGUCGACAAGUUCGGAGGAAUCGACAUCCUGGUGAACAACGCCAGCGCCAUCAGUCUGACAGGAACCCUGCAGACGCCCAUGAAGAAGGUCGACCUGAUGCUGGGAAUCAACCUGAGAGGGACCUACCUGACGUACUGAACACACACACA